UCAUCAAAACGCGUCUCUCUCCGUGUGCUUGUGCGACACGGUCCAGGCAGCGUCAAGUUUCAAAUGGUAUAUUGCAAGUAAUAAAGGAAUUUGUUUAAAAUGCCUAUGAAAGGAAGGUUUCCGAUCAGGAGGACUCUGGACUACCUGCAGAAGGGCGACAUCAUCUUUAAAAACUCAGUGAAGAUCAUGACGGUGAAUUACAACACACAUGGAGAACUCAGCGACGGAGCAAGAAAGUUUGUAUUCUUCAAUAUUCCUCAGAUUCAGUACAAAAACCCAUGGGUCCAAAUAAUGAUGUUCAAAAACAUGACACCAUCACCAUUCUUGAAGUUCUACCUUGAUGAUGGCGAGCAAGUACUGAUGGAUGUGGAGGGGAAGGACUACAAACAAAUUUCACAACAUGUUAAGAAGAUUUUGGGCAAAUCAGGGGAAGUGUUACAAGCCGAGGCUCAGGCCAAGAUGCAGGCCUCCAACCCGGCCAACUUUGGGCCAAAGAAGUACUUUCUGAGGGAGUGUAUCUGCGAGGUGGAGGGCCAGGUGCCGUGUCCUGGCACCAAGCCGCUCCCCAAGGAGAUGACGGGCAAAUAUAAAUCCCAGAUGGCAGCAUCACAGGAGUAAGAGGCUCAGAAGGAGAGCAGACUAUUACUGAUUCACUGGACAAUAUUAUUAUAUUAUUGUUAUGUUUGAUUUUGUACGAUUACAUAAAAGGACGACCACAUGGCAUAUUUUGUCACAAAUAUGUACAAGUGAAUGGGUCCCACUAGAUUGUCAGUGCUUGAAGUGACACAGUCCGCUCCGUCAAAAAUCCUGCACGGACGCUUAUCAGUGUCGGGACAGUGACACUUUGUGUUUGCAUAUGGAUGAGACUUGGUUUAAUAUUCCUCACAUCUGGAUGUGAGCUGUAUAUUGCAAAUAUAACUCAAAUUUGCCUGUUUGUGUGGCUGUAGUAACCAGUCUCUUGUUUUUGCUACAUGUAAAUUAAAAAAAUCUAAAUUCAAAGAAAACAAUACUAUAUUUUCCCGAGUGGAUCAAGAUAAGACUGAUCAGACACAGGGUCACCACAUUCAUGAAAAAAAGAGAAAUACAACCACAUUUUACUGUAGACAACUUUUUUUAUUGGUGCUGCUGAGAUGGAAUUUUCUAAAGUUAAUAAAUUGAUCUCUGUGUGUCCAAAAUUUUAGUUUUACAGUAUUUUGCAGUUACUGUUUUAAAUGCAGAGUUGUUAGUCAAAUUACUUCCAAAGCGAAAAAUCAAUUGCUAACACACAUGAAGAAGCUCCUCAAGUUAUUCACACUGUCACAAAACAUCUAGUGUCACAUGUUUUGCUCAGUUGUCUGUGGACGUCACAGAUAAGCAGUGUGAGAUUGACGGACAACACAAAACACUUCGAUCCAUGAAGAGAAAUGUGAACAGUCAGACUGACAGGAAAGCACAAUGAGAUUCAUGUAAGGACAGACUUAGCAGCACUGUGAGUGAUAAUACUUGCUGGCAUUCAUGUAGUGUAAAUAUGUCUAAAAUGUUGCUUUGACCUAAGGACUGAAUUCUGUACACACUGGGAUUUCAGUGAAUUCUGGUGCUUUGUUCGUUGACUUGAAGUUGCCUACAAGUGUGCCUUGGCAAAUAGUGUUUAGUAUGUAUAUGGUGAGUGCUGGUUGAGCUGAAUGGAUGAACUUGAAUGAUGAAACUACUCGACAGAUAACAUGCUUUACAUACAGAUCUUCGCUGAUGUCACGGAACAAGAGCGAUGUAUUUAGAGAUUUUAUCACUUUGUCCAAAAAAACAAAACAA